AUGUUACUGCUCAAUGCCUCUCAACACGAAACUCGGCAGCAGAUCAAGCGCGAAGAAGCCGACACUUCGAGCUUUCCGCAACAGGUGACCCGGCAGAAGAUCAAGCGCGAGGAGGUCGACGACGCCUUGAGCUUCCGCUCUCCUGAAGACGGGACUGAGCGGAAAGUCAAGUCCGAGGACCCCAAGCUCGAGGAAGUCGAGAUCGAGGUCAUCCAAGCCGUCACCGGAAAUUCUUACGACAGAGGCCGGGUGUUUUUCAGGACGAAAUGGCGCGGCGACAAGAAGGAUUCCCAGGAGAACCAAGACUUUCUGCAGAGGAAUGCACCAAACGAGCUUGCGAAGUACUUCCACAAGAGGAGCGCCUACAGAAUCUAUCAUCCGCGCGACAUCUUUGUGUUCCCGUUGGGCAGCUGGGACGACGACGUGAAAGAGUGCACCCUGUGGCGCAACCACCAGACCGGAGAGCUUCGAGUUGACUUGCGCUGGAAGACGGGACAGCUCAGCGAGCACGAUCUGAAGACGGUCUACGUCAGGUGCCCUCAGAAGGUACGUGCUGGUAUGGAAUGA